AUGACUCCGUUCGCUCGUGAGCUGCAUAUCGCGCAACUGGCCGUUCUGCGAGCCUCGAUCCUUACCAAAUCGGUUCAAUCUCGAGUCCAUGAGAUCUCCAAAGACGAUGAAUCUCCAGUGACGAUUGCCGACUUUGCAGCUCAGGCAUUACUUAUUAUAGCACUUCGUGAUGCCUUCCCAUCUGACAAGUUCUUGGGAGAAGAGGACUCCGCUGCCUUGCGGGCCGAUGAAGCACUCUGCAGUAAGGUAUUUGAGCUGGUGUCCUCAGUAGCAGACACGAUAGAUCCGAACACUGGUAUUCCGUUGCCUAAGCCAUCCUCUGUUGCGGAGAUGCUGAGCCUGAUUGACCUCGGCGGACGCGGCACAGGAGGAGACGAGGGACGGUUCUGGGUCAUGGAUCCUGUUGAUGGGACCGCCACAUUCCUGAGAGGUCAGCAAUACGCCGUUGCAUUGUCUCUUAUCGAGCAAGGGAGAGAGGUCAUUGGCGUUUUAGGAUAUCCCAAUAUCAGCGCUGGUAUGACCCAGAUCUCGGAGGAAAACAUUGAUAAGAGUGGGAUGGGCAUCAUGCUGACUGCCGUCCGAGGCCAAGGCUCCAUGGCCCGGACCAUGACACCAAGCGGCCUUAAAGACGCCUUUCCACUGAGUAUCAUGAAAACACACAGCAGCAACAACAACAACAACCUACACAUCGUUGACUGCGCUCUCAGUGACGUCAGCCGUCACGAUGUAAUCGCUGAGCUGGCGGACGAGUUCAAGGCAAAAUUCCCCAACAUUGAAGUGUGGUCCUCGCAUGUACGCUAUGCGGCCCUGAUAGUCGGUGGUGGAAAUGCGCAGUUUUGGGUCCCGGCGAGUUCAGCAUCCAAGAUGUACAUAUGGGAUCACGCGGGCGCCCAACUCAUCUUUACUGAGCUCGGAGGCAAAGUGACGGAUUUGGAUGGAAAGGCGAUGGACUUUGGAGCGGGAAGGGAUUUGAACCGGAACAGGGGAUUGGUGGUUGCUCGAGGAGAAAUGCAUGACGCCCUCUUGGCUGCCAUGAACAGAAUAAUUGAAGGAUACUAA